AAAUAAGCCGUAAUAUGGAUUUUUAGGUGGAAAAUUGAAAUGGUUAUGAUUUUUAAAAGGUAAGGAGGAAAAAACGAAAGUGCAAAAACGGAAAAACCCUGAGUCCUUAAGGGGUUAAUACAUCCAGAGAGGUGUUCUGAGCAACACAAUACCAUCACAGGAGACAAGAUGAUGGCUUUCUUAUUCAUUUUAAAACACACACAAUUGAGAGAGAAAAAAGUAACCUUUAAAAACACACACACACACACACACACACACACACACACACACACACACACACACACACACACACACACACGAGGACUAUCCACCUGAGAGAAAAGAAGGGCGCUUAUAUAAAGUAAUGCAGCUUCCAGAAUAUUAGUUUCUUGCUUCAUCUUGAUUAUGCACUUCCAACAGCUGGAGGCACCUGCCACUCCAGCACAUUUAAUGUCCUUUUAAGCAAACAAGUGAACAAUAUGCCUACAGACAUAACCAUAAGCUGUGCAUGUACCUGAGCAAAUAGUGUACAUAUUACAACACUGGCUCCCCUGAUAGAGGGAGAAGAAGUUUUAUGACCCAUCCAGUAGCCCCUCUCUCAUUGGGACCUCUAGCCUGUGGCAUAGUAUAUUUCAGGGAGUAUCUUCAUUAUGGAUUACACAUGGAUAGUAAUAUUACUUUUGCCUCCUAUAGAAAGUAUCCACAAUAGCAUUUACAACAUCCAUGUUGUCCAGGUUCUUCUAUUUCAGACAAAGUCAAUCCUAUCGAGCCAGUACUGUCCAGGGCUUCAUACAGCAGACUUGAGGAACUCCAUACAAAUAGUCCCCGGCAAUCAUAUCAGGGUUCACAACAUAAAUGUCAUUAGGUUGAAAAGAGAGUUCCAUCUCCUCCGGACAGUGUUAAAUUGUCUCCCAGACUUCCCCCUCUGACAGGGGGAUCAGAGAGCAAAGGAACGUCAUUGUCUCAAACUUACAGAGUGAACGAAGUGAGUCAGGUCCCUCUCUGCACGAGGUUGGCAGGGCGGAGGAAUCUUCUUCUGCACAGUGCCCCAGAACAUGCAGCUGUGAGGUUAACCCCCAAGCUGCUGGCCGGAGCAGAUUCUCCAGUUUGCAUAGUAGGGAACCCGGUGAUUCCGCCUCUCAUCAUAGCCAACUGUCACCUAGACUACUGCAGCAGAGGGGGCUCCCUUCACAGCCUGCAUUCUCCUCACCAAAGAUGCUCCAAGUCCUCACAGGGGGAGACCACGGUGCUUGAAUCCACAGGUCUCGAGGUUUAAUUGACAGGUAGGUUCAGAGCCAGACACCAGAGGAUGAGGGGGAUGACGGGGAGACAGCAAGGGCCAGCACAUCAUGCCUUCAGGUGUUCCUCACUUUACAAUCACUGCUAGUUCUAAAUGAAAACUACAGAACUAUUUUAUGGUCCUCCUCAGCUGUGCCAUGUGGUGCCCCUUCUCAGCUCAGCUCUCAAUCGCAGGGACAGUAACGUGAAGCUGCCUCUACACUCGCCUGCCUCAUAACACAACGAUUCCCGGUCCCUCCUCCUCUGUCUCCUCGUACUAGUAUCAAUAAGACUAAGCUUGGGACUUCUUUCUGAGGCUGGUGCCGCGGAGUAAUUCGCUAGCCUUGCAUCGUGCGGAGGUAUCCCUUCCGUGCUUUUUCUGUCAGCUCGUCCCCAUAGAGACCGCCCGGAACCGCCGCCGUGCAGUUUCUGCAAUCACAGCUGCUAGGAGGGCCCUGGCUUGUCUGUUGUUAUAUACUGAUUGGACGAUCGGUGACCCGGAGGAUCCGGGGAGGCUAGGGGGUUCCGUCCAGCACCCCAUCCGGACCGAGAAUGGAAGGGAUUUAAAGAGAAAGAGGAGAAAGAGAGAAUGGCACAAGCAGCAGCACAGAAGAGGCAGAGGCUCGGCAGUCAGUGUCUGUGAUUAGGAGCUGGGGCUUCCUGCUUUCUCUGUAUACAUCUGCCGAGAUCCAUACACCCGAUCGGAGAAAGGAGAGGAAUCAGGUUUAUAUUGUGGAGGGGGUGUCCUCACUUCUCUCCUUCCUUCCCUCCCUCCCAGCCAGCACCACAACAUGAGGGAUUUGUGACCCCCUCCUUCUUCUUCUUCACCAGGAUGCUGCUGCCUUUAAAGGUUCUUGGGCAGUGUCUCAGCCAUGCAAAUGGGAAAUAUUGUGGCAAUUUAAUGGCUCUGAAAAGUUGCAGCACAAGUGGUUACUGAGCAGAAUUGGAUUUGUGUGCUGGAAAUAUUAAUAAGUAAACAGUAGCCUACAUUGCUUGGAGGGAUCUGUGGGAAAGUGUACAAUUGCUUGCUGGAUUAUUCUCUAUUUAUACAUGGAUAUUACCUUAAAUAUUUCCUUUAAAUAAGUAGCCAUUGCAUCCAGUUUUUCAUAUCAGUUGUGCUUAGUAAUUGGAUUUGUGGAUUCAAGGUCACUCAUUGGAAUUUCCCUGUGGAUUUAUAAUUAGCUUAUUUGUUAUUGAAAGAAGAUGGAUGUCAAAAUAAAACAGCAGAGCAGGAGAUCCAGGUCUCAGAGGGACAGGGUGAGGAGAAGAGACCCAUCUGUCAGGGAUCCCCGAAACCAGAGCCCCUCCUCUGGCUCAGAAGCUGAAAGGGGCCUGGGAAAGGAGAAUUCAAAUCAGAAUGGUAAAAAUCCAGCUGCUUCAGCCAGAAAUGCCAGACCGCCCAGACGUAAGCGGAGAGAAUCCAGUUCUCAGGAGGAGGAUAUAAUUGAUGGUUUUGCAAUUGCCAGCUUCAAUACCCUGGAAGCCUUAGAGAAGGACCUGGCCUUGAAACCACCUGAACGAAAAGAGAAAUGGGAAAGGCAUCCUGCUAAGAAAUCUAGAGAGUCAGGGAAAUACAUUUGUGCAGAGCCAAGUGAGAAUGGACACAACCAUGAUGCGGGUAGCUCAGAGAGGGAGAUGGAGAGAGGAAAGGAGCGGGACAAGAAGAAAUUCGCUCCCAAGGCAUUUAAUCAGGUAAAAGCAUCCAGGAACAAAAAUGGCAGAAGCAAUGACGACAGCAGUAUCAAAGAAGCCAUGAGUUCUCAGCGCAGCAGCUCACAUGACUGUCUCAGUGAUGGAAUUUCCAACAAACAGUCACCUAGAGAAGACAAGGUCCUGGUGACGUUCAUCUGCGCAGAAAAGAUGUUACAGUGUUCAGUAAAUCAGAGCUCAGCUCAGUCUCUUUCUGGACGCGGCUACUCAUGUGACAGUGAAAGUGAUAUUGACGAUAAGUGCUCCAAUGAUGGCUCUGAGAUCCUCUUCCCCUCAGCUGCAUCCACAGGUGCACUUUUGAAUGAAAAAACGGACUCUCAAACGACUUGUCUGCCUAAAGUAUCUGGGCUGGAGCGCAGCCAAGAGCUUAACACGGAAGUUCUAUAUAUUCCUCCUGUGCAUAGUCCACAACCACCUCCUGCUGCUAUUGUCACUUCUGCCUCAUCCACGCCAGUCUCUAGUACCCGGGCUAGCCCUCUAGUAAAGAAAGAGCCAACCCUUGUAGCUCCUGCUCCACCACGACUCACGCCUCAACCCCAACCUCGUCCACAGUCCCGACCAUUGUCUCAACCUCAGCUGUUACCCCCUGACCUCAGAACUCAGAAUCAUAUCUCUUCACACCUCAGUUACCCUGUACAUCAGCAGAUCAACGGAAUCACCAGCAUUAGCCGGAGCAGCAGUGCUAGCAGUACAGCAAGUAUCAGCCUCCCCAAGCACCUUCGGUCUUCCCCUCAGGUCCCUUCUCAUCACCCUGCCGGACCGGGUCUGCCCCUCUCCAUACCCAACCUUGCUACCUCGCACUUUGCUAUCAGAUCUCAAACCCAGCACCAUCCGGCCAUGUUUGCUACCCCUCCUUCACUGCCACCGCCUCCAUCUUUACCUACUAAUGGCCUUGUAAUUCCCGGCCACCCUGCUGGAGCAGGAUACUCGGAUCAUGAACUUCUCAGGCAGGAGCUGAAUAAUCGUUUUCUGGUUCAGACCUCGGACCGAGCCGGUGCCCCCCUCAGCUCUGUGCCUCUGCUGAGGGCGGAAUUUCACCAGCACCAACACACGCACCAACACACGCACCAGCACACAUUUACCCCCUUCACAUCCAGCCUACCCCCGACGCAGCUUAUGCCGCCAAAUGCACCCCCCAUGGUGCGUACCCCAGCUCGAAAUUUUGACAAGUACGCUCCCAAGCUAGACAGCCCAUAUUUUCGUCAUACCAGCUAUUUUCCAUCAUAUACUUCUCCUAUGCCCGGAAUGCCCACAAUGCUUCCACAUUCAGGUCCUUUUAGUUCUCUUCAGGGAGCUUUUCAGCCUAAGACCUCAAACACAAUUGAUGUUACAACGAGGCCUGGAGCAGUACAUCCUACCCUCCUGCAGAAGACUCCUGGGGUUACAGACCCAUACAGGACAUCUGUAAGAAAACCAGGCAAGUGGUGUGCAGUACAUGUCCAGAUAGCGUGGCAAAUCUACCACCAUCAGCAGAAAAUGAAGCAGAUGCAGAUGGAUCCUCAUAAGCUGGACAUUUGUGGCAAGCUUGAUUUGUUCAGCAGACCACCUGCCCCCGGAGUGUUCCCAGGGUUUCCUUACCCACAUGAUUUAGCCAGACCUUUAUUUUCCAGCACUGGAUUAUUCUCUGUACGUCCAGGUCCGUCACACCCUGGAGCCCCAGCGUUUGUACCUUCUCCUCAUCACGGCGGUUUCCUACCCACAAGCCAUCUGGCGGGUAAGUAUCCAUUUAGCAGGUCAAGCAGCUUCAGCGGCCUUGGGAACUUAGGCAGCAAUGCCUUUGGAGGAUUAGCCAGUCAUGCUCUAACUCACAACAGCUUGUUCAGUCACAAAGAAAGUCCAACUCUUCAGAGCUUCACCAGCCCUCAUGAACCUUGGAACCGACUACAUCGGACUCCUCCAUCAUUUCCAACACCACCCCAGUGGUCUAAGGUUGGAGACUCUGAGCGUAGUUCAUCUGUGAACAUCCAUGAGAGAGACAGAGAAGACAAGAGAGAAAUCUCUCUCACAAAGGAUGAAAGAGACAAAGAAAGGGACAUCUUGGAUAAGAGCAGACAUCAUUCUAACAGAUCUUCUCCAGCAUCUGCCCCAGUCAGCCACCAAAUAAGUAACCUCAUCCGCAGCAAUAGCCAGACACCCAGUGAUUCUCUAAGACAAGGCAGUCUUGGGGACAGACCCAAAGAUAUGGAUCGGGAUAGUGUAGAUCGGCUACGAGACGUUCCAUCCACAGAGCACAAGAUCAAGGAGAGUCGUUCACCAGUUAAGGAAACCUCAGUUCAUGACAAAAGGACGAUGGAAGAUGGCAGCAAACCAGUCAUACAGUCUGUAUCACCUUAUGGUAAACCAAUCCUAAGUGAUAACUUAAAACUGAAUACCUUAGGGAAGGACACUGAAAGAAAGCCUGAGCUGCCAGCCGAUCUUCAGAAAAUAAAAAGUGAUGUCAAGGUCAAGGAGGAACGCAAGGAGGAUUCCGAUGUGUUAGUUGUAGGCUCAGAGCCUCCUCAUCCAGUCAGGACAAUAGAACAUCAGCCACAUCACCCUCCAGCUUCCCUGCAUGGGUUAUCAUUGCACCAUUCAAUGGCAGCCUCUAUGCCUAUUCCAAUAGGUAGUGUUCACCAAAUGAACAACUUGAAUAUGUUGGACCGCAGUAGGGUAAUGACCCCACUUAUGGGAAUGAGUCCCCUUACUGGCAGAGAGAGGCUUCCACAUGCAGGUUUUUCCUGGGAUCCUGUGAGAGAUCCAUUACGUGAUGCUUACCGAACCCUGGACUUGCAGCGGAGAAUGGAUUUUCACUUACGUGCCGACAGUAUGCAUAGAUACCCAGCCACAGCUGCUGCCAGCUUCUAUGACCAUGAAAGAUCAUACCGGGAUCGUGAGCCUCAUGAUUACAGCCAUGAACAGCUCCUAGAAGCAAGGAGAGAACAAGAACGUUUGCGUCAUGCGGAUGAGCGAGAGCGAAUGCACCUAAGGGAAGAGAUAGAAAGGGCACGCAUGCACCACAUUCACUCCUCUCCACUAGAGAGCCAUCUGGCACAUAUGCCCUCCUUUAUGCCACAUUUAAGCAGUGUUCCCUAUCCUAGACUUAGUCCUUCAAGCGCCAUGCACAAUGGGAUCCUUAACCGGACCCCACCCACAGCAGCACUAAGCGCACCCCCUCCUUUGGUGCCUGCCAGCAACACAAGGCCCGCCUCUCCCCGAAGGACUAAUCCCCUCACAAGUUCAGAAACACGGGACUUUUCACCCUCCAGAAACCCGAAAGAGGUUGAGGCUCGAUAGUCUGCUCCUUAGCAAAGCAAAAAAAGGACCCACAGGAAUCAAAUACCAUGAAUUUUAAACUUGUAUAUAAAAUCUUUUACGAAAAGUGCACUGCUCAAAAACCUUCUCUUUUCUUCUCCUGUUUUUGUAAAUGUACAUUUGUAGGCUAAGCACACUUUUUUUUUUUUUUUGUUAGCCAGGGGGACAGUUCAGGGGUGAUAAAUGUUCCAACCUGGAAACCAAGGGUUCCACUCUAUAGGUCUCUGGUCAUGUGACUUUUUUUCGACUUUGGAGGUUUAGUAGCUUGUGGGACAGGUUUAGCGAAGGGGGGGAGGGGACUUUUUAAAUGGAUUUUUGUAGUUUUUACAGUAUUUUGUUUUUCGCUACGGUGUUCCUAGUCUCCUCCAAAAAAAUAAAAUAGACAAAAACACAAAAAAAUUAUUCUUUAAUUUUAUAUUAGUUGCAUUUUGCCUCUGGUGAGGGAAAAAAAAUAGGCAAAUCUGUUCUUUCCAUAAAAUUUCAUGAGUUUUCCCCCCUUCUUUACAAAGAGGUGUCCUUUAAAACAUAACAAUGCAUAUUUAUACCCAUGAUCGAUCUGUUGAAGACACCUACAGCACUGAAGGGUCAUAAUGAAUUACUUCUGUUUUUCUUUAUUCUACAGCUAACAGAUCAACAAUCUUGCUAUGAUUUUGAACAUAAAUCACAGAUAUAUUAUUAAAAUAAUAAGAUUAAUGUACAAAACAGUUGCUUUUUUUGCCUUAUUUUACCAUAAAUUUUUAAUGUAAUUUUUUUGCUGUUUUUCUGGAAAAUUUUAAAGAUUCUUGCAGGAUUGUACAUAUUCGUUUACUUGUGUUAUUAUGCCUCAUAUGAAUUGGAUCCAGCACAGACUUUGUGACAUCCACACACGAACAGAAUACACGGAUUUCAAGGAUCACACUCGUAGCUUCAUUUACACCUCGUCAUCUUACUAUGCAAUCAGUGUGAGGCGGGUCCUGGAAGAGGGAAUUCUACUCUCUCAAAAUUCUGCCCUUCUACCCCCCAUACCCUGGCCAUCAAACGUCCUGUCCCCCCCGACCACUUUCCAAAAAUAUAAAGGGCACUUGUUGACUUGGAACACUGGAAGAACCAAAUGCAUCAAGCUGAGUUAGUGUUUCUGAUGAAGUGGGCAGUAAAAGGACUGAAGCAACAUCUUCCCAUGCCAUCAUUAUUGAAAAGGUGGCAGGAAGCAUCCACCUGUAACUGCCGUCUCAGCCGGGCCAGCAAAUGGACCUGAUUUAUUUUCCUGUGAACCCUUUGUGCUUUAAACCUGUGCAGUGUUUUCAUUGAAAUCUGUAUACAAGAGCGGUAGAAUCUUAGGAGUGCGCAAAAGCAAAUAUAUAUAAAUAUAUCUAUAAUAUCUAUAUAUAUAUAAAAAAUGGUGGAAAGAAAAAUGUUUAAACAUGAUCGGCAAUCUUUGGUCCCCUUUAUUUUUUAUUUUCUACGAACACGAUCCUGCAGUUUGGAUACUUUGUCUCUUGUUUGACUCUGUUUAAGCAAACAUUUUAAUGUUUAUUUCUUAUUUUAGUAUUUGGUCUUAUCACAAGAGGAUUGUUAUAAUUUCACUCAAAGAAUAUGCACAUUUGAUUGAUUCUAUAGAGUGUAUGCCCGUAUGCAUUUCCACUCGUCAACCCUAAAUGAAGACAGGGGGAGAUUUAUCACAACCUGUGCAGAGGAAAAGUCCAGUUGCUCAUAGCAACCAAUCAGCUUGCUGCUUUCAUUUUUCACAGGCCUUCCUAAAAAUUAAAGUAAGCUAUUUGAUUGCUAUGGGCAACUGGGCAAGUUUUCCUCUGCACAAGAUUUGAAAAAUCUCCCCCAUAAAGUUUCUUUCCUUCCGAGAUUUGCACGAACAAGAAAAACCUUUUGUAUGUUACAGAAUAUGGCUACAAGAGGGAUUUCUUAUGUAGUGUUAUGGCAGAAAUGUAUUAAACCAUUCAUGCCAGUAUUCAGGCAUACAAAAGUAAAAAGAGAAAAAAAUGCAAGCCUUAUUUUACAUAAACACUAUGCUUUGGUGUGAGCUGCUGGUUGAAGAGCUGUUUGGGUAAAGAGGAAUUUUAAAAACAAGAUAUAUCUACUGUGCGGAGUGAAUCUGUAGAGUUGUAGUAACUGCGUAUAGAGUAAAAUCUGAUUUGUAUUGAGCAGUUGUAAUAGCAGAUAGUGAAAUUAUUGAUUUAUUGAUUUAAUUUAAAACUACCUUUUCACUUUUUUUUUCCUCUGCUCUGCCUCUUGGGAUAGGGGUUAAUUACUCACAGGUGUAUAAGUCUGGACUCAGGUUUGAGCUAUGCUCUGGUCUGAGCUGCUAGUUGAAGAGUUGUUUGGGUAAAGAGGAGUUUUAACCCCUUAAGGACGCAGGGUUUUUCCGUUUUUGUACUUUUGUUUUUUCCUCCUUACUUAAAAAUCAUAACCCUUGCAAUUUUGCACUUAAAAAUCCAUAUGAUGGCUUAUUUUUUGCGCCACCAAUUCUACUUUGUAAUGACAUCAGUUAUUUUACCCCCAAAUCCACGGUGAAACGGAAAAAAAAAUCAUUGUGUUACAAAAGUGAAGAAAAAACACAAUUUUGUAAGUUUGGGGGGCUUCCGUUUCUACGCAGUAAAUUUUUCGGUAAAAA